AUGGCGACCCCCGCUGAUAAGCGUUUUCACCAGCUGACAUUGGCUAUACAGAAAGCGAUAAAUUCUAUAGAGACGCCGGUGAAAGAGAAACAUGUACGGAGCGCGAUCAUUGGUACCUUUCAAGAGCAGAGCGCCAUCACAUACUGGAUGGUGGCGAUCCGUCAGCCGCUUCAAGACAACCGUAUCGUGUCGUGGAAGUUCUGUCAUGUGACACAUAAGCUGCUACGCGAAGGUCAUCCAGCCUGUCUAGAUGACUCGCAACGGCAUAUUAAUAUGAUUGAGAACUUGGGGAAGCUAUGGAUGCACCUUCGCGAGGGUUAUGGGAAGCUGAUACAUCUAUACUGCAUCCUGCUGAUGAGUAAACUGAAGUUCCACGCACGCAACCCUCGUUUCCCCGGUAACAUGCAGCUCACUGCUGAAGAGUUGGAUGCGAUUGCCGAAAAUGAUGUUAAUAAUUAUUUUCAGCUUUGCGUCGAAUUGUUCGACUACAUGGAUGACAUACUUAAUUUACAAGCAGCAGUAUUCGAUAGUUUGGGAAACGCGCGCGCUAAUUCGAUGACAGCGAGCGGGCAGUGUCGUUUGGCAGCGCUCAUCCCGUGUGCGCAGGAUUCGUCACAAAUAUACGAUUGUAAUGUGCGGCUACUGUUCAGACUACACGCUUCGUUACCCGCUGAUACACUAUCUGGACAUAGGGAGAGAUUCCGGCAACAGUUCAAAAAAUUAAGCUCCUUCUACAAACACGCGAGCAGUCUUCAGUACUAUAGGAAUCUACUCACACUACCAGUCCUGCCUUCUAACCCACCUAAUUUCCUAUUACAGAGUGACUUCGGCACGUACGUGGCCCCCGUGGUGUCGAUACCGGAACCCCCACCAGAUGAAGUCGACGCUGUUGGCUCGUUGAUUGACACCACCGAGACAUUUAGUCAGGUGCCGACGCCUGAACGCCAUGAAUCCUUGGAGAUCCAUUCGAGAACCACGCCGUCUCCAGUGCCUGACCCUCUCAUAGAAAGAGAUCGACUCAUAGAUCAUUUGCAGAAUGAACUCAAAAGGAUGCGGACAGAAGUAUCGCAAAUAGUUCAAGAGCGCAACACCAUGUUGGGUUCGAUGCGGGAACAUUGCGCGCGGAUGGAGACGCAGUUGCGAGCUGCUAGGCACGAACUCGAUGAAGAAAAACAAAAAGCCGACAUAUUAGCAGUUGAAACGCCACAAAUUAAAAAAAAGUUGACUGAAACCGAGGAGAAGGCCAAGGUAUCAGACGAGAAAUUUCAAAAGUUAAAAGGUGCUUACACACAACUUCGGGAGGAACAUAUUGCGCUUAUAAGACAGAAAGCAGAGGUGGACAAACUUACAGCCAGCUUACGGGCGGCGGCGGCGCAGCAUGAAAGUGCUAAGACAAUGCUACAACAACAGUUAAAUGACCAUAUGAAAGACGUAGAACUCCUCCAACAGAGUGCUUCUUCGAGCGAAGAGAUAGAGGCAUAUAAAUCGGAAAUAGCAAAUAUCCGUAGUGAUUUAGAGCAAUCUAGACAAAAAGAAGUUGAGCUGGAAACUCUGCGAGCGUCAAUGGAAGCGUUGCAAAUAGAACACAAAACGGCAACAACCGAGCAAGAAGAAAAAAUAUCACUUAUUGCAAGUGAACUUAAAGAUGCUUCAGAAAACUUAGAAAAGCUGAGAAAAGAAAAAACUGAGAGUGAAGCGGAGCUGGCCGCAGUAAAGGAAGAACUACAGAGUAUAAGACUAAAGAGUGGAGAAGAUUAUAAGAAGGUGCUUGAGGAAAAGGAAGAUGCCUUGAAACAGAUUACGGAACUGACUAUAAAAUAUCAGCAGGAUAAAGAGGCUCAAGCUCAGCACACUAACGCAUUGCAAAAGGAACUCGAGAACCUAAAACUAAAACUAUCCGAUUCAGAAUGUAUACUUCAGAACGAAUUGCAUGAUCUUACCAUGUUAUUACAAACUAAAAAUAAAGAAUUGGAAAAUUUUAUUGAAAAAGACAUUGAACUAAAGAAUGCACUUGAAAAACUUACCUUAACAAACACAGAAUUGGAAAAUUUUAAAAUAAAAUACGAUAUAAACUUGGAAGAAAAAGAUAAACAAAUAGCAACUCUUACUAACGAUUUAGACGUCGUUCGAAAAUAUAAUUCCGAAACUAUUAAUAAUUUAAAAGAGCAAGUAAAGAAAUUAGAGGAAGAUCUUAAAGAAGAAGCAUCGAGUAAGAUAAUGCUGCGGAAUUCAUUAACAGAGGAGCAAGCUGAAAUUUUACAUCUUAGAUGUAAAGUUAAUGAAUUAGAAACAUCCAAAUUAGAAGAGAUUAAACAACUUAGGGACCAAAUUAAUGUAGUGACAGCAAAAAAAGAUGAAGAAUUAAGUUCAUUAGUUGAGGAAAAAUUUAAGCUUGUUACCGAAAACGAAAAGCUGUUGAAUGAUUUGAACUCUGAGAGACAGUUAGUGGAAGCUAGGCUUAUGCAUACUGAAGAAGGCAGACUGAACGCAGAGUGUGAAUUGCAGGAUUUGUUACAACACAAUACAGUGCUUGAAGCCGACUUGGCUUCGUUAAAAAUCCAAUUGGAGGAAGCACAACGAGAGAUUAAGAAACAAAACGCUAAAAUUAUUAGUUGUGCCGGUGAGGCGGCGUUGGAAGUUACGAAUAGUGCUAUUUCUACCUUAGAACACUCGAACACGCAAGAUGCGAAUAAAUUUGCCGCCGAGCUUGCUUCUAAGGCGUUCGAGGAUCUUGCCAGGAAGUCACAAGUGGAAGGAAACGAGGAGUUAGUAGCGAAGUCCGCGAUAUACGCCGCACACAACGCUUCGCAACUGUCUGCGUACGCGGCGGAACUUUCCAAUAUCUCCACUGAUAUGGAAUUAGCAGAGAAAUUGAACAGCGACUGUCGAAGCAUGCUAUCGGCCACAAAACAGUGUCUGGAAUCCCUAAAAGCGGGUGCUAUAGACCGCACUGCAUGCCUCGAAGCACGCACUAGCGUACAAACGUUGUCUCGUAGUGCGGCCACGGCAGAUAGAUUAUCGAGUGGCACUCGUAGUGUGGACGACGAAUUGGCUGAUAUGGACCGCGCUAUAGAACAGGCGGCUUCUCAGAUAGAGAAUUUACUUGCGGCAAGUAAAGCAGGCGAUUCCGGCGUACAGUUAGAAGUGAAUGGCAAAAUCCUGGACGCAUGUACCACUCUUAUGGGCGCUGUCAAAGUCCUAGUUCAGGAUUCUCGGGCGCUGCAAAACGAGUUAGGAGAUCCAAAGACAAGACAAAAGAUGUACAGACGCAACCCUCAAUGGUCUGAGGGGCUUAUAUCUGCUGCUAAAUCUGUCGUAUUUGCUGCUAAAUUGCUUGUGACAAGCGCCGAUGAGGCAGUGGCAUCAGCGGGCAAAGUGGAAGGCGUGAGCGCAGCGGCCCACGAAGUGGCGGGCAGCACGGCCCAACUGGUAGCCGCCUCACGCGCAAGAGCUCCUCCUGCGGCGCCUUCUCUCGCUCGACUGACGAGUGCGUCCAGAGCUGUUGCUAUGGCGACGGGCGCGGUCGUUGCCGCAGUGCGAUCUGCGUCCGCGCUCGUUAGGGAUAAAGAGGCCCUAGACACAUCGGCUUUAACAUUGACAGCGACGCGACGACUGGAAAUGGAAAGCAAAGUGCGCGCGUUGGAGCUGGAGAGCGCGUUAGACGCGGAAAGAGCUAAAUUAGCUGCGUUACGCAAGAGACAUUAUCAUCUUGCACAUUUGGAAGAGAAUGGAAACAUUGAAAACGGAAAGGAGUAG